AUGGAGGGACUACGACAUGAAAUCCACGAUUUUGUUGCCAAUCGAGAAGUUCUGUCAUUCGAUAAAGCCGUGGAGUAUGCUCGAAGACGCGAGCAUAACUUAGAAAUACAUGGUGGCACUUUUACUAUUCCGAAGCAUCCACGUACUGAAAGAACUGUUCCCGUUCCUUCUUUUUUACCAGCUCAAUCCGUUCGGACUGAACCUGGCGUUGAUGAUGAAGAAGAAGAUGCUAAUGAUGAUGAAGAAGUUGAUGAUAAAGAAGACGUUGAAGAUGAAGAGGAUGAUCUUGCCACCGAUAAGGGAGAAUCCACUGUUCGUGGAAUGAAUUAUCCUCCAAAUUUGAACAAACACAUUCAAUUCUCCUCUACUUCUUCAUCCACUCCCUCUGUAGACGACAUUAAUGUUUCUAAUAAAUUUGAUUCAUUGAGCACUAAAUUGAGUUCAGAUAAUACACUUAACGUUGAAAAUGUAUCUGAAUUUGAUGGUGGUAGCGACAUGAGUGAGAUCUCUAUGGAGAAUGAGGUUGAUUGUUUAGAAUUUGUUAAAAGCGAGCCUAAACCUGCAAAAAGUUUUAUUUCAAAAAAUUUAGUUGAGUACUUUUGCAUUUCUGAAAAUGGUUCAAAAGUUUUAAAAGAAAAGGCAACUGUUUCCCCAAAGACCAAAGAACUUUUGUCCCUCGUAGAAAAAGACAAUGAUGAUGGGUGUGACGAACAUUUAUGGUCUACCCCUAUUAACAAUGCAGAAUCCAAAGCAGCAAAUAACAAAGAGGACGAGUUGAAAAAGAUUAUUGAUGACACUGCGAAAGAUAUAGAACAUGAGUCACCAACUCCGAAACGCUCUGACAUUCCGUCUCCACCACAAGCUACGAAAGCACUACAUCUGGGGGAGGGUUUCACAUCAACCUCUUCAACUGACAAACAUGUUCAGGGGGAGGAUGAAGCCCCUGAAAUCAGCUUAGAACCUUCAUUCCAGGGGGAGGAUUCAACUUCAGGUGCGAAUGAACAACCAAAUCCAUCAUUCGAGGGGGAGAAUGAGAAUACAAAUGAUGAUUCAAAUGCAAAAUCUGAAUUUGAAGAAGUAAAUGAUGAACGGGAUCCAUCUUAUGAUCCAAACUAUCAUCCUCUAACCAAAUGGACUAGAGAUCACUCCAAAUCACAAUUAAUCAGAGAAGCCUCUGUUGGAGUUCUUACGAGAGCACAACAAAAGGCGAAUCAGGCUGUAUUAUUCUCCAAAAUGGAAUUUUGCGUGUUCAAUCCGUUUAUCUCAAAAAUUGAGCCCAAAAACAUUAAGAUUGCUCUUGAUCAUUCUCACUGGGUCCAAACAAUGCAGGAAGAGCUCAAUGAGUUUGAAUGA